AGCAUUAAAAAAAAAAUUUCUAAAGCGAGCUCGAGCGCAGAUGCAAUGACUGCUGCGAAGUACGGAGGCGAGGAGCUGGAUUUCAGACUGACUUUUGGGGAGGACAGUCAAGCGACGGCCUCAGGCCACACAGAUGUUGGUGCAGAUAAUGGCCCGUCAUGCUACCUCUUCACUGCACUCCAACAGCCUGUUUUCCAGCAGCAUCCAGAGCUGCAAUGUGUCAUGCAGUCAUCACACUCCCAAGGCCCUAUUACCAGCAGCUAUGCUUCUAGCUCUGGAUCCAAUCCUGUGGAUUCUCCAAGCCGUGUUUUUGAUUGCCCCAGCAUCCAGAUUACCUCCAUCCCAGCGACCUGCCAACAAGAUCUGGGUGCCCAGCAACACGGGGUCCAUUUGGAGCAAGAAGGAGCCUCUGGUCCUCUAACAGCCAGGGACCAGCUGUAUUUACCUCUAGAUGUGUCCUAUAGAGACACCUCGGCAUUGUGCCCGAGUCCCUGCAGUAGCUUGUCUUCUCGCAGCUGGCUCUCAGAUGCCUCCUCUUGCGAGUCUUUCUCCCACGUUUAUGACGACGUGGAGGCUGAGCUGACUGAAGCGGCAGCAAGUUUCAGGUUUACAUCGCCACUGGUGUCACCGCAGGGCUCUCCUCUGCCCUCUCCUCUCGCCUCACCCCAGGCAUCUCCACAGGUGUCUCCUAUGGUGUCGCCAUUUGGCUCUCCAGGCUGCGUGUACACUGAGGAUCCUUGGUCUCGUUAUCAUCCACAGCAACGCCCCUACUCUCAUUCACUGUCGCCCCAUCAUUCACCUUAUCAGUCACCUCGCACUAGUGUUAAUGAGGAUACUUGGCUCAGUGCCCGGCCGCACUCAUCAUCCUCCUCGAAACCCUCUUCUCGUCCCACUUCGCCGUAUGGGAAACGCCCGUAUUCCAGUGCCGAUGGUAUACCAGGCUCGUCUUCGCCUCAUCGCUCUCCAACCCCAAGCCCGUCUCACUCUCCUCGAGGUAGUGUGACUGAUGAGACCUGGUUGGGAAGUCCUGCCAUGAUGGCUGGCUCCUUCCAGGCCUGUGCACCCGACAUGGACAUCCCCUCCAAAACAAGACGGACUUUUCAGGGUAACCACAGUCAGGAUUGUAUGGCCCUGCUGCCCGGACAUGGGGAUUCAGGGCUCGAGGAGAAUAGCCUUGUAUCCCCCUCGCUGGAUUCAAAUGUAGAAGUGUCGCUGCCAACACUGAAAAAAGAAGACAUAGUGGAACACUACUUGUCGGUCCCUGCACCCUUUACUUGGGGAAAACCUAAGCAAACAAACACUCCUUUGUUCAGGUCCACAUCUCUACCCUCAUUGGACUGUUCACUGCCCAGCCAGUAUGGUCAGUGUGAGCUAAAGUUGGAGGUCCAACCCAAACCCCACCACAGAGCCCACUAUGAGACGGAGGGCAGUCGAGGAGCCAUUAAAUCAGCAUGUGGAAGACACCCUGUUGUGAAGCUACUUGGUUACAAUGAGAAACCAGUCAGCCUGCAGAUGUUCAUUGGGACAGCAGACGAUCGUCAUGUGAGACCGCAUGCAUUUUAUCAGGUGCACAGGAUAACAGGAAAAACUGUGGCCACUCCAAGCCAGGAGAUGGUGAUUAGCAGCACCAAAAUCCUAGAAAUUCCUCUUCUUCCUGAAAACAACAUGUCUGCCAGUAUUGACUGUGCUGGGAUACUGAAGCUCAGAAAUUCUGACAUUGAGUUGCGGAAGGGAGAAACCAACAUCGGGCGUAAGAACACGCGUGUGCGAGCUGUGUUCCGUGUGCACAUUCCCCAGGCCAACGGAAAAGUGCUCUCGCUGCAAGUGGCCUCCAUUCCUAUAGAGUGCUCCCAGCGCUCAGCUCAGGAGCUUCCUCAGAUAGAGAAGUUCAGCCCUACCUGUGACUCUGUGAUGGGAGGCCAGGAGCUGCUGAUCACCGGCCCAAACAUCACCCCAGAGUCAAAGGUCAUCUUCCUGGAAAAAGGCCAUGAUGGUAGAACUCAGUGGGAAGUGGACGCAAAAACAGUUCAUGAAAAGAGUAGAGAUAAUAGCAUUGUGGUGAAGAUCCCUCCAUAUCAUAAGAGGAUCUUGGGGUCGUCCGUGCAGGUACAGUUUUACGUCAGCAAUGGGAAAAGGAAGAGGAGCCUUAUACAGCGCUUUACUUAUGUCCCAGCAGUGCAGGUAAAGCAGGAAUAUGACAGUGUUGAAGAUACUACAACCUCUGACCAAGCAGAGCAUUUCAGCCCUUUGGAGCAGUGGCUCUACUCUACAGGCCCGGUUUGUGUUCCAUCCUCCACUCAGCGUAGCUACUCUCCUAUGGGUUCUCCCUAUCUCAGUCGACAUCAUCCUCCAGAUGGCAGCCUCAGUGAUGCAUCUGGGCUUCACCCAAUAUUACACCCAGUAUCACUGGAUUUCGCAAAGCCCUCCUCAUAUCAGGGACCUCAACAAAACCUAUCAUACAAUGGACAGCUCAGUCUUCCCUGUGAUGCUGCUUCAGUGCAAGGAGGCAGACUAUCAGCUGUUAUGUCUGAGAAUGUGAGCUCUGUACUAGGAAUUGGGUAUCAGAACACUCCUGGAGGUGUUCAUGGCUUGAAUCAAGUCUCUGGUCAGAGGCAUAAUGAGGGCUACCUCAGCCCUACCUCAGGUACAACCCAGUGUGAUCCAGAUAGCCUCAAUAACUAUGGAUCUGCUCAUGACUCUGGGGAGCUGGUGGUGUUUCCAAAAUCCUCAUCUUCUCUGGAAGUUCUUGCCUCCACCACAGUGCCUUCUACCUCACACUUGAACAGAGAGGCUCUUGUAAACCCAAAGUCUAAUACAGCCCUGUCCCCAGCUGGUACAAGUGGAACCAUAAGCUCUUUGGGAGCUGGAGCUUCAUCGAACCACUCCAUGGAUGGACAGAGGCUUAACAUUAAACAGGAACCGGAGAAGGAGAAGGAGAAGGAGCUCACCUUCCAGUCCAUCGGGCUGCAGGAUAUCACUCUUGAUGAUGGUAUGAAUCUGGUAUUCUAGUAAGUGAGCGAGAUCAUAGUGAGAGACUUGUUCCAGAGUCCGGAAUCAGCAACGGAUGGAUGCUCAUAGCUUAAAGUAGCCACACUGAGAAAUCAGUUACUUAAACAGGAAUACAGCACUGUAGAUGCAGGAAUUAGAGCAUGUACUCUGACUGCCACUAAAGAGAAUGAAUAAAUGAAUGUGCUGAUGAACAUCACUGUAUACAAUGAGGAUUUAAAGUGAUACAGUGAAAUCCUAUCUUGGCAAAUGUGAAUGUUCUGUCUGAGAAAUUUUUUUUUUACAUUACACAAUCUUGCUGGCAUUAAUUUGUCUUUUGCUGAGGUGCCUUAAGUGUAAAAUAUUCAACUCUUUGCUAAUGUUGACUGUGAAGCAUAUUUAAGACUCAAAACUAUGCAAAAUGGUUUUAUAAACAAAAUAUUUUAGAAUAGCUGCAUAGGAUCUUUUGGACUGUUACACUGUCAGCUGGUUGUGUUAGUUUAUCAUAUUUCUGAAUUUUUUAUUUGUAAUUUGGCAUGGCUUAGUUGUGACUUAGUUGCAGAAAUUACAAUAAUUUGUAAUGCUUUCAGGUAGAGAACCCAUUAAUGGAUAGACACGUUGUGUCUAUAUGUUAAGUGAUUGUUUCCCAAAACCCAGGUUUGUAUUUAUGAAUUUGUAUGAAACAUUAAGGUACAUGAUAUAUGAUGUAUUGAAAUUCAUUUAGCUUUGUGGAAAGAUUUUAAAUAAAGCAAUUUGUCUCUCUGUACUUUGAACAUA